GUUGUGUUCCUUUGUGGGAACAGAAAUCGAGUCGGGGGAUUUUUCUCGACCAAAUACAACCCGGGACUUGUUUCGGAUCGGAAGCGCGCUCCAGAGACGGACACUUUUAUACCUCCCUCUCAUCGCCCACAUCCACAGCCACAGCCACAGCCACAGUUCCUUAGCCAUGGCUUGGAGGCAGUUAAUCUCUCAGGUUUCAAGACAUCAAUCAGAGUUACGACAAUGCAGAAGCUUGUUUGUCAGGAACUAUUUGUCUCUUAACAAAUUCAGAAGUGCUACAGGCAAUAGAGCUCCCAAUAUUCAGAGGAAGUUUCAAUCAAGCUAUGUUGGCAAUCUAGCUCGUAGGGUUCGUGAUGCAGAUGAAGCUACUGAAGUUGCACACCUCAAAGAACUCUACCACCGAAAUGAUCCUGAAGCAAUUAUUAGAAUCUUUGAAAGUCAAUCAUCGUUGCAUCAUAAUCCUUCAGCGCUUGCUGAGUAUGUGAAAGCUCUAGUCAGAGUGGACAGACUAGAUGAGAGCGAGUUGUUGAAGACCCUGCAGAGAGGCAUGUCUAAUGCAGUGAGGGAUGAAGAAAGUACGGGCGGUCUUUCGGUUUUCCGUAAUGUUGGCAAAUCAGGGAAAGACGGUGUUCUGGGGACUGCCGGUACACCAAUUCACAUGGUUACUUCAGAAGGAGGUCACUUUAAGGAGCAACUUUGGCGUACUGUUCGCUCUAUUGCGUUAGCCUUCCUAUUGAUUUCUGGUGUUGGAGCACUUAUUGAGGACAGAGGAAUUAGUAAAGGACUUGGUCUGCACGAGGAGGUGCAGCCUAGCAUGGAAUCCAAUACCAAGUUUAGUGAUGUCAAAGGAGUUGAUGAGGCAAAGUCGGAACUGGAAGAAAUUGUGCAUUAUCUCAGAGAUCCAAAGCGAUUUACUCGUCUGGGUGGCAAGUUGCCAAAAGGUGUUUUGCUUGUUGGUCCGCCUGGGACUGGCAAGACUAUGUUAGCCAGAGCAAUUGCUGGAGAAGCUGGGGUUCCUUUCUUCUCGUGCAGUGGGAGUGAAUUUGAGGAGAUGUUUGUUGGAGUUGGAGCCAGGAGGGUCAGGGAUCUCUUUUCAGCUGCUAAAAAGCGGUCACCAUGCAUAAUAUUUAUAGAUGAAAUAGAUGCCAUUGGUGGGAGCCGCAAUCCUAAAGAUCAACAGUACAUGAAGAUGACUUUGAAUCAAUUACUAGUUGAGUUGGAUGGCUUCAAGCAAAAUGAAGGGAUCAUUGUCAUUGCAGCAACCAACUUCCCAGAGUCAUUGGACAAAGCUCUGGUAAGACCAGGCCGGUUUGACCGUCACAUCGUUGUACCGAAUCCAGAUGUGGAAGGAAGACGGCAAAUCUUGGAAUCCCACAUGUCAAAGGUGCUAAAGGCUGAUGAUGUCGAUCUGAUGAUAAUUGCGAGAGGGACUCCUGGAUUUUCAGGUGCAGAUCUUGCGAAUUUGGUCAACAUUGCUGCCCUUAAGGCUGCAAUGGAUGGUGCUAAAGCUGUCAACAUGAUGGAUCUGGAGUAUGCGAAAGAUAAGAUCAUGAUGGGAAGUGAACGUAAAUCUGCUGUGAUAUCGGACGAGUCCCGGAAGCUUACAGCAUUUCACGAGGGUGGACAUGCUCUUGUUGCUGUACAUACUGAUGGGGCGCUUCCAGUUCAUAAAGCAACAAUUGUCCCUAGGGGUAUGGCUCUUGGUAUGGUUUCCCAGUUGCCAGACAAGGAUGAGACAAGUAUAUCUCGUAGACAGAUGCUUGCUCGGCUUGAUGUUUGCAUGGGGGGAAGGGUCGCGGAGGAGCUCAUAUUUGGGGAGAAUGAAGUUACUUCUGGUGCAUCUUCCGAUCUCCAGCAAGCUACUAAACUGGCCAGAGCAAUGGUUACAAAGUAUGGGAUGAGUAAAGAGGUUGGACUUGUCAGCCACAAUUAUGAUGACAAUGGGAAGAGCAUGAGCACUGAGACUAGGCUUCUUAUCGAGCAAGAAGUUAGGAACUUCCUAGAAAGGGCCUAUAACAAUGCAAAAACUAUACUCACUACUCAUAACAAAGAGCUGCAUGCUCUUGCCAAUGCUUUGCUCGAGCAGGAGACGCUCUCAGGCAGCCAAAUAAAGGCUUUGCUUGCGCAAGUAAACUCUCAGCAGCAGAUGAAACAACAGAAGCAGCAUCAGCAGGUGGUUGCUCCGCCACGGGGCAGUAGUUCACAAUCCAAACCAGUACCUCCCUCAACUCCCAAUCCAGCUGCUUCAGCUGCAGCGGCUGCGGCUGCUGCUGCAGCUACUGCAGCUGCCAAGGCCAAAGGCAUCGCUCAAGUGGGAUCUUAGAAGACAGAAAGACCCGGGGCACUGCUUCUAAGCCUUUUAUUUUGAAAUUGAAUGUGCAUAUUGUCAUCAGACGCCCUCUCGCUCGACAGGCAUGGUAGUCUGGCGGCCUGCCAGGACAGCUACGUUUGUCUUUUCUGUAGUGCUGAAAGCCUAAGAUCGAUUGGUUGACGGGAACAGCGUCUUUACGUCAUGCAAUAACAGUUUGUUUAAGAACAGCGUUAGACCUGAACUCAUGAAGAACUAACAUUGUAGAUUCCAAUAACAGUUCCCCGAGAGAUUGUUGUGCGCUUCCAGGACGAUCGUGUCACUUCAUCUGGAGUAGAAACCAAAGUUGAAACUGGGUUUGAGAUACCUGUGGCACUACUUUUUCUUGAUCUACGUCUUAUUUUUGUAUACACCUUUACUUUUCCAUCCAAUAACUUUAAAACUAGAUAAUAGGAGGAAUUUUACGAUAGCAUAGGUGAUUGGUGAUAUAGGUUUUUGUCUUUAUGGUACAAUUUGAAAUUGUACCUUUAAAAGUUAUGGUAUAAUUUCAGAUUGUACUUAUUUAUUUUGUACAAAUUCUUUUAGGGUUAAUUGCAUGGU